UGGCGAUGGGGGGCUCCGCUCUGUGUCUUCUCUGCCUGGCCGCUCUGUGCACCGCCGGCCGGAGCGACUCCGACUUCUCCAUCCUGGACGAGGCUCAGCUGCUGGCCGAACACAUGAGGAGACUGGCCAGCGAGGAGCUGGGGGUGCUGACCAUGCAGAAAAUCUUCAACUCGUUUGUAUAUACAGAGAAGAUUUCCAACGGAGAGAGUGAAGUGCAGCAAUUGGCCAAAAAGAUUCGGGAGAAGUUUAACCGCUAUUUGGAUGUGGUGACCCGCAACAAGCAGGUGGUGGAGGCGUCCUAUACCGCCCAUUUGACGUCCCCGCUCACUGCCAUCCAGGAUUGCUGCACAAUCCCGCCAUCAAUGAUGGACUUUGACGGAAAUUUCAACACCAAUGUCUCCAGAACUAUCAGCUGCGACAGACUCUCCACGACGGUGAACAACCGAGCGUUUAAUCCUGGGAGGGACCUAAACUCCGUUCUUGCAGACAACCUGAAAUCUAACCCCGGGAUCAAGUGGCAAUAUUUUAGCUCCGAAGAAGGAAUUUUCACCGUGUUCCCAGCGCACAAGUUCAGGUGUAAAGGGAACUACGAGCACCGCAGCAGACCCAUCUACGUGUCCACGGUGCGGCCGCAGUCGAAGCACAUAGUGGUCAUCGUGGAUCACGGAGCUUCCAUCACGGAGCCGCAGCUGCAGAUAGCCAAAGAUGCUGCAAACGUUAUUCUAAACUCCAUCGACGAGCAUGAUAAGAUUUCUGUCCUGACUGUGGCGGACAUGGUGAGGACCUGCUCCCUGGAUCAGUGCUAUAAGACAUAUCUGUCCCCGGCCACCAGCGAGACCAAGAGAAAGAUGGCCAGCUUCCUGGCCAGUAUGAAGUCCUCGGACAGCCCCACUCAGCAUGCUCACGGCUUCCAGAAAGCUUUCCAGCUCAUCAAAAGCACCAACAAUGGCACAAGGAUUCAGCCAAACACGGAUAUGGCGAUAAUAUACCUGUCGGCUGGUAUAACUUCCAGGGAUUCCUCAGAAGACGACAAGAAAACCACACUGAGGGUGAUCAGCGAGGAAAACAGCCAGCUGAAUAACUCGGUCAUGGUUCUCACCUAUGCCAUCAUGAACGAAGGAGUCACUGGACUGAAAGAACUGGCCUUCCUCCGGGACCUCGCAGAGCAGAAUUCAGCCAAGUAUGGCGUGUCCGAUCGGAACGGUCUGCCCAUCACCAAAGGAAGCAUGAUGGUCCUCAACCAGCUCAGCAACCUGGAGACCACCGUGGGGAGGUUUUACACCAACUUGCCUAACCGCAUGAUCGACGAAGCAGUGUUCAGCCUCCCGUACUCAGAUGAGAUGGGUGAUGGACUGAUCAUGACGGUCAGCAAGCCUUGUUAUUUUGGAAACUUGCUCCUGGGAAUCGUGGGCGUUGACGUUAAUCUUGCGUACAUCCUCGAGGACGUUACCUACUACCAGGACUCCCUGGGCUCGUACACAUUCCUCAUCGAUAACAAAGGUUACACUCUGAUGCAUCCCUCGCUCACCAGACCCUAUCUAUUGGUAGAGCCUCCGCUGCACACAGAUAUCACACACUACGAGAACAUACCAAAGUUCGCUCUGGUUCGCCAGAAUAUUCUCAGCCUCCCCCUGGGCAGUCAGAUUAUUACAGUGCCUGUGAAUUCCUCGCUGUCUUGGCACAUCAACAAGCUGCGGAACCCUGGGAAGGAGGCGUAUAAUGUCAGCUACGCCUGGAAAAUGGUUCAGGAUACCUCGUUCAUUUUGUGCAUUGUGAUGAUACAGCCAGAAAUACCAGUGAAACAGCUGAAAAACCUGAACACGGUUCCCAGCAGCAAGCUCUUAUACCAUCGCCUCGACCUGCUGGGCCAGCCCACCGCAUGCCUUCACUUCAAACAGCUGGCAACUCUAGAAAGCCCCACUGUUAUGUUGGCUGCCGGCUGCUUCUCUUCUCCGUACGAGCAUCUGAGUCAGCCCGAGACCAAGAGGAUGGUUGAACACUACACGGCGUACCUGAGCGAUAAUACUCGUCUCAUUGCGAAUCCAGGACUGAAGUUCUCUGUCAGAAAUGAGGUCAUGGCUACCAGUCACGUCACCGAUGAAUGGAUGAGACAGAUGGACAUGAGCAAUCUGAACAGCUACAUUGUGCGCCGUUACAUAGCAACGCCCAAUGGGGUGCUGCGGAUCUACCCCGGCUCUCUCAUGGACAAAGCGUUUGAUCCCACCAGGAGACCAUGGUAUCUUCACGCUUUAGCCAAUCCUGGCCUCAUCACUUUUACUGGACCGUACCUGGAUGUGGGAGGAGCAGGCUACGUGGUCACUAUAAGUCACACUGUCCAGUCUCCCAGCGGUCAGGUUUCAGCCGGGUAUACGGUCGCCGUGAUGGGCAUUGAUUUCACCCUACGGUACUUCUACAAAGUGCUCAUGGAACUUCUUCCUGUCUGCAACCAAGAUGGCGGCAACAAAAUAAGGUGCUUCAUCAUGGAGGACAGAGGUUACCUUGUGGCGCAUCCUACACUCAUUGACCCUAAAGGCCAUGCUCCAGCGGAACAGCAGCACAUCACUCACAAGGAGCCCCUCGUGGCAAAUGACAUCCUGAACCACCCCAACUUUGUCAAGAAAAAUCUCUGCAACAGCUUCAGCGACAGAACCGUGCAGAGGUUUUACAAGUUUAACACCAGCCUGUUGGGUGAUCUCACCAACCUCGUUCAUGGCAGUCACUGUUCCAAGUAUCGCCUGACUAGGAUCCCCGGGACCAAUGCAUUUGUUGGGAUUGUGAAUGAGACCUGCGACUCGCUGGCUUUCUGUGCCUGCAGCAUGGUGGACCGGCUGUGCCUUAAUUGCCACAGGAUGGAACAGAAUGAAUGCGAGUGUCCUUGUGAGUGCCCCCUGGAGGUCAAUGAGUGCACUGGCAACCUGACAAAUGCAGAAAGCAGGAACCCGAGCUGUGAAGUCCAUCAGGAGCCAAUGACGUUUACCAUGCUCGACCCAAACCUUCAAGAAGCUCUAUUUCAGUGUGUCAACACUGGCUGUACCCAAAGAAUGGAGAGCAGUUACUGUUUCGGGGUCCUUGACUGUGAGUGGUGUAUGGUAGAGAGUGAUGGAAAGACCCACCUAGACCGUCCGUACUGCGCUCUACAGAAGGAAUGUUUUGGUGGCAUCGUCGGUGCUAAAAGUCCUUACGCAGAUGACAUGAAUACCAUAGGCGAUGAAGUCAUCACUCUGAACAUGAUUAAGAGUGCCCCAGUCGGACCUGUAGCCGGAGGCAUAAUGGGCUGUAUUAUGGUUUUAGUCUUGGCUGUCUAUGCAUACCGUCACCAGAUCCAUCGGCGGAGCCACCAGCACAUGUCACCUCUGGCAGCUCAAGAAAUGUCUGUCCGCAUGUCUAACCUGGAAAAUGACCGCGAUGAGCGUGAUGACGACAGCCACGAGGAUCGCGGAAUCAUCAGUAACACCAGGUUUAUAGCAGCAGUGAUGGAACGCCAUGCACACAGUCCAGAGAGACGACGGCGAUACUGGGGGCGAUCGGGUACAGAAAGCGAUCAUGGUUACAGCACGAUGAGUCCGCAGGAAGACAGCGAAAAUCCGCCGUGCAAUAACGACCCCUUAUCGGCGGGGGUGGAUGUCGGGAACCACGACGAAGAUCUAGAGCCGGACACCCCUCCGCAGACUGCAGCUCUCUUAAGCCACAAAUUUCACCACCAUUACAGACUGCAUCACCCGUCUCUCCACCACAGCCACCACCUACAGGCUGCCGUCACUGUGCAUUCUGUAGACGCGGAAUGCUGAUGAACUUUUGGGCCGUUGAGGCGCCAGCCAAUCACAGACCCUAUGUGCCAUAACUGCCUUUUUUAAAAGCCCCCCCACCCCAGGCAUUUGCUGCCAAUGGUUGCGAUUUUGUGGACAACUUCAGAGUGGGUGCUGACCCUUCCAAAUCUAGUAUUUAAAUAGAAAGUGGCUAUAUCACCAUGGAAACUAGAGGGUCUCAACUGCAACAAAAGAAGGGUCUAGGACUUUUUUUUUUAUUAAGCUGGAAAGAAAAACUAAAACAGACGACAAUAUUUGUUUAGAAAAAAAG